AUGGCAGAGUUCAAAGUAUCAGCGCCAGGAAAAGUGAUUCUUUUCGGUGAACAUUCAGUUGUCUAUGGAAAAACAGCAGUUGCUGCGAGUUUAUCAUUAAGAACAAAUUUGAAAUUUAAAGAACAAAUAUUGGAAAAAAAUUACAUUGAAAUAUCAAUGCCAAAAAUAAAUUUAAAUCAACAAAUAUCAUUGCAACAAAUAAUUGAUUUCUUCUUCAGUGAAUCAUCGAUAAAAUUAUCGUCUGGCCAUGAGAAAUUUUACAAAUAUGUACAAAAAUUUGUUGAACAAUUGAAUAUUGAAACAAUUUCUCAACGACAGGGUUUAGAGGCAUUAUUUUAUUUAAUGAUUGGAAUUUCACAAAAAGAGAAUAUAGUAAUUAAAUCAUUUUAUUUACAUUUGGAUACAGCUUUGUCAAUAAGCUCUGGUCUGGGUAGUUCGGCAUCGUUUGCAGUUUGUCUUGCCACAUGUUUUUAUUAUUGGUCGCGAUUGCAAAAAAAUUUACAAACACCACUCGAUAAUUCACAUUUAAGGGAAAUAUCAUCGUAUGCCUUAGAAUGUGAACGUAUUAUGCAUGGUACACCAUCGGGUAUUGAUAAUACAAUUUGUACAUUUGGCUCGAUUAUUGAAUUUAGAAAAGGUGAAUGUCUUGUUCCAAUUAAUGAUGCAAAAAUUAUGCGUGUUUUAUUGGUUGAUACAAAAGUUCCAAGGAAUACGAAAAAUUUAGUUGAAACUUUUGCCAAAUUACGUUCAAAAUAUCCAAAAAUUAUUGAUCCACUAUUGGAAUCAAUGGAUGGCAUUGCUAAGGAAGCUUUGGCUAUUAUUCGAAGAAUUCAAGAACUUCCCGAAGCACAUGAUGAAUUAUUGUUUGAAGCUUACGAUGAAUUGAUGACGUUAAUAAAAAUAAAUCAAGGAUUUCUUGGGACUUGUAAUUUAUCUCAUCCUUCGUUGGAUGCAAUUUGUGCGGAGGCGAAAAAUUAUGGACUCGCUGCAAAAUUAACUGGUGCUGGUGGUGGGGGUUACGCUUAUAUUCUACUUCUUCCAAAUACAUCGAAUGAAAUUAUUGAUAAACUUUCUCAAAAAUUAACGGCAAGUGGAUAUCUCGUUACAUUAACUAAUUUAGGGGGUUCAGGAAUAGAAAUUUUCAAGUAAAUUAAAUUGGAUUCAGGCCUCGAAUUAUACGACUUUUUCCGAUUGUUUUUUUUUUAAAUACAACUUUGUUCGAUUUAAUUUAAUAAAAUGCGACUUUUUCGACUUUUUUUGUGCUUUAAAGUCGAUUCGAGGCCUACCGGAGUUAAAUUUUUGUUUGUUUCUAAUUUAUCAAUUAAUCUCUAUAGAAAAAGGUGACAUGGUAUUAUUAUUAAAAAACAGGAAAAUUAUACGGUAUUAUCAAAAAGAGAACUAGUGCCUUUUAAUUUGUAAAUCUAUGAAAUAGUGUCAUAUUGAUGGGAACAAUAUAUUUAUUAUUUACUAACUGUAUAUUUUUUAUUUAAUUUUAUUCUUGUCUUCGGGGAAAUAAAAGCAAAAAAAAACUAGA